GCAUCUCGCUUAUUUUAACGCAUAGCGUUGAACAAAACGAUAAUCUUUGUUUGAGUUAUUUUUAAAGUUAAUAUUUUAAUCAACAUUCAAAUAAACGAAUAAAGUUUACGAAACGAAACAAGUGUAGUGCAAUUUUGUGAUUGUGUUUUUUGCUGCUUCUCACGUUAAUUGAAAUUUUAAUGUCUAAAAGUCGUUAAAAUUUGCAAUUUUGUUAAAAACAUUUAAGAAAAGAUACAACCAGCAGAAAGUUUUGUGAAUAAGUUAUAAGCAUGCAACGACAAUUCACCUCUGGCAGUCGCCAAGCACCCGACCCUUUUGACCAAUUCUUGGAGGAGAACAAUUUCUAUCGCAAGCAUACAGCGCGCGAUGCCUCCUGCUUGUUUCGUGUGAUUUCGGAACAAAUGUAUGAUACACAGCUGCAUCAUUUGGCGAUACGCAAGAAAUGUGUACGCUAUAUGCGUAAGCAUCGGGACUUUUUUGCGCCGCUCAUCGAACGAGAUUUGGACGAGUAUCUUGAUGAUAUGUCGAAACCCAAAACAUACGGAACCUUGAUUGAACUGCAGGCAGUUGGUUAUAUGUUCCAGCGUAAUGUAUUACUUUUUGAGCCCUUCAAUUUGGGAAACUUCUAUAGCACUCGCUCCUACUUCAAUGACUUAUUUCGAGUAUUUUAUACGCCUGAAAGGCACUUUGAUUCCGUUUUUACUUGUGACUACAUCAAAGAUGCAGCUAUAUGUCAGGCCAUAUGCUAUGAAAUCCUAUACAAGGACUUGUAUAAAUUACCGGAUGUUGCAUUUGCCGUUGAGCAUAUGCUACACUCUCCGGCACUGGAGUCUAUGGAAUACACUUCUGAAAGCAAUGAGGAAGGCUACUGCACCCGCAUACACUUAACUGAUGGACGUGUCUUUAGUUUCGAUUUACCGCAUGAAACCAAUUGCAUUUUGGAAAACUACGAACUCUGCCAUUUCCACUAUACAAACUUUCCGCGCUUAUCAGAUGAUUUGCAUCGUGAAAUGAAGAUGCACACAAAUUGUGACGAAUAUGAAAAGACAGCAUUGUGUAAAACCGCGGAAUCCCUACUGCCGCACAAGUAUAUCUCAUGUGUGCGCCAGUUAUUGCAGGAAGGUAUUACACCAUUUCCCUAUAAAGUUGCAAAAGCAUUAGAUCCAAAUAUGUAUCGCAACAUUGAGUUUGAUGCGUGGAAUGAGCAGCGCAAGGAGCAAAAAUUACAAAAUUGGUAUAAUGGUGACACGAAUUUCAAGUUGAUACGCUGCCAGCAAACAAGAGUUCAUAAAUUCUUCCAGGUGGGAGCCAAGUGUCAUGUGAAGUUAUGCAAAUCCGAAAACGAUGUGUACACUUGUCAUAUACAAGAGAUAGCAGUUGACAAAGGCUACUGCAUUGUUUUUAUCGAACAAUUAGGCGAAAAGCGUCUGGUGCCCUAUGAAUCACUUACUCCUUUGCCACCUGACCAAUUUAAGCCAUGGACAUUACCAUAUCGUUUCCAGCGUCAUAUGCAAAAAUACAGUUCGGUACGCCUUACUCGUCAUUAUAACUAUCGCUUCAAACUGAAUGGCCAAUUUGCCGGCGAACACGAUUACUGUGCUCCUUUCACGCCUAAUAGCAAAUCAUCGGACUAUGUAGGUAGUGAUGUCGAUAAAGAGGACAAACAACAUUAUACUGCUGCCGUAGCUCAACAUCGCAACGGCUGUUAUUAUAAGUUGAAGCAAUACACACGUUUUGAAAACUUCCGUGCACACACUUUAGAGUAUUGCGCAAUGCCACUGACGGUGGAGCAUGCGCCACGUGAUCUAGAACCGAAAAGUUGUAGCGCCAAUGUGCCGGCUUCCAACGAGAACAACGCUAAUGCUACGCCGCGCACAACCAUUCCAGAGACACGUGUUAAAACUGAAUCAAAUGUGCCACAAUCCAACCUUGCACAUGAAGACAUGAUCGCUAACUUCAAUGGCCUAGACCAUUCAACAGGGUUGAGUGCUCCCGCUUUCAUUCUCCCCGAUCUGCAUUAUCUAUAUCCUAUGCCUCAGUAUGGUGCCAUGCCUGAGGAGUAUUUCGCUUACGGAUAUGAUCCAGCUGUUCAUCCACCAACUACAGCGCUGAUGCCAACCGGUUAUUACAUGUAUCCACCGCCGGGCGCACCACAAACAGCUUUCGCACCAAAUAACCUUUACAUGCAAGCUGCACCACCGUUACCACCACCCCUUAUAACUACUGCGGCGCCACAUCCAGUAGCACAUAAUAUCGGUGGCUGUCCAUUUUACCCACCCAACGCGCAAUUUGGCAGCGUUGCACCAGCCAACGCCAUUGAAGCUAGUUCGAUGCAAAACAACGCAACACCGGUUUAUGAAACGCCAACCACACGCAAUCGCAGCGGUGUGCAAACGCCAAAUAUGACUACACCGCUAAGUGGUCGUAUUAAUUGGGACGCAACGAAAUCUGUUGAGCCGAAUGGCGUAGAUUUGCCUUCCGAUGUGUCCACUUUGCGCUACUUUUAUAAUUUAGGUUUGGACUAUCAUCUCAUUCACUCGAAGCGUGGCAACGAAGAUGCAAAAGCAAAAGGAAACAGUGGAAAAACAACAUCUAAAAUUAAUGGAGGAAAUGCAAAUGAAGACAUCGGGCAAGAGCCAAAAUCUGAUCCUAUCAAGAGCAGCAUGUCGAAUUUAAACGCCCAUACCGCACAAGCAUCCAAUCAAAAUGGCAACAACACUUUGCAAGGAGCUCCACAUAAUCAGUCUUCGUAUACCAGUAGCGCCAAUAGUGGCUCCGGCAAAGGUGGUCACAUGCAUAAUAGACGUUUUCAGUCGCGUUAUUUCAACAGCAAUAAAGAGCGUCCACUUUUUGUGCGCAAUCAGAGCAACAACAAUAACAAUAAUGCUACAAGCAACAAUAAUGCAACCGCCGGGCAGGGCCAAGGUACCCACACACAGAAUGACUAUAAUAAUAAUAAUACUGCUGGUGGAGGGGGCGGUAACGGCAAGUUUGCUAAUAAUACAUUGAAGUCGAAUAGUGUUGGACCAAGUAGUUCGAACCGUAGUGCUACACCUAAUUCGUCACACAGUCAUGCAUCGUUACCAAAUGUGAAAUCCAUGCAUGCGAUCAAUGGCAAUGGUAGUGGCAGCAGUAACGGCACUGCUUCACUUGCCGUUUCAGUUGCGGAGCUGGGCAUGCCAUCGCCACAUGGAAACUAUGAUCAUCAUGCUAAAAGUGGCGGUGGAGUUCAUAAUGGUCCUAAUAACGGUAAAAUGGUGCCACAGACGCCACACACAACUUACCAAGCAUCGCAGGCGAACCCCAUGGUGCCUCCGCCUUUCGUCCCGUAUGCAGAGUUUAAUGGCGACCCACCUAUGCCAAUUGUUCCACCGACUACUGCAAACGGCGGUAUUUAUCUGCACAUGCCGAUGCCACCGCCUUCACAUUCUUUUGGCAUAUACGCGCCACCACCACCACCUUCUACUGCCAUGGGUAUGCACCCAACACCAACAUCAACGGUUUGCACUCCCAUAUCUUAUCCAGCUCCGCCUAAUGGUGGUCCACCGCAACAUUUCAUCGCGUCUCCAUCGGAGCCAGUGACUACAGUAAAUAUGGCAUUCCAAGGACCGUCGAACGGUUUUUAUCCAACGCCAACAGAUCUCGCAGCCCCAGAUGCGGCCGGUGUAAUGCAAGGCGGCGAGGGACUACAAUUCCAAUGUAUACCGUACACUGGUGCUGCACCACCUCCACCAAUGCCAUUUUAUUAUACACCCGGCUCAGCAGUGGCAACAGCAACAGGAGGAUUGGCUAUGAAUAAUGGAAUUGCAACGGUACCGCAACCGUCACAAGUAUCAGUUGCCACUGCUGGUGGAGGUGGCUGUGGGAAUACGGGUAUAGCAGGCGGAUCCCUAGGACCGCAGGGCUACUGGUGUCCACCGCCAAACGCUUUGCUGCCGUUACCCGCAUCUGCACCACAAACUAACGGUACAAGUGUUUGUGUUUCGACUCCAACCGGCAAUAAUCCAUCAAAUGCGAACGCCAAUACCAGUCGGUCACGUGAAAACAAAUAAGAUCAAUAUAUUUCUAUUAAAAAAUCGCAGGUAAUAUUUUACUAAACUACCAAAAACAAUUAGUGUGGGCAUUGAUUCGACAAAUUCCUUCACUUUAUUAUUUACUCAAAUAUGAAGGGUAUAAAGGUAUAAAGCGAGUUUAGUUCGCAAAAGAUUUUAAACUUGUAUAUAGCAACAAAAAGCUAUAGUCGGUGGUAUUCACCUUCGCCAAUGAAAGUCAUGACGGCGUUUUCCGCAUUUUUAUGCGUUGCUUCGUUCAAACAAAAAUUAACUUUAAUAUUUGAACUACAAUUCAUCGUGCGAGUUUUACUCGAAUCAGAAGGAACUCCUUUUUGUGAGGGCAUUUUGUCCCAAUUACAAAUAAAGAAACUGAUCGAUUAAAUAUUUAUUAUACGUUAGUACUGACUAUAUUUGGUUACGAAUAUUUUCUAUAUUGCAAAUAUUUUAUAAAAAGUUCUAUCGAAUAUAAUGCCAUUGUAAAAGCGUU